UCGCAGCUGACCAUCGGGAAGGCGCCAGGGUUUUGGAGGAGAAACCUGUGCACUGCCUCUGGAUCCAUCCCCAAAUCGCUGCCCAACGCGUAGCAAUGCUCUACCGGCAUCGUCCAUCGGUGAUGGAGGACGAUCGCGCUGCGAAUCCGGAGAGCCAGGCGCUGGGCCUUCUCCAGCUCGCGCAUUUCCCAGUGAAAAAAAGGAAAAAAUUAGGGUUCUUGGAAAAACUUAGGGUUCUUGCGAUGGAGGCAAUGUUGCAGCGCGCGAGGCACGCCAUGGAGAUCGCGCUAGAGAAAUCGAGGGAGCAGGCGCGGGAAUUGGCGAUGGAGGCCUCCAAGAGAGCCGAUCAGAUCAAGGAUCUCGCGCUCGACAAGGUGAGGGCUUCUGUGGCUGCUGCAUCGCCGCCCGACGCUUCUGCUACUAGAAUCGAUGAGGAGGAAUACCAGCGCUAUGGCAUUACUCCGGAGCUCAGGGAUUUCGUCCAGGGAUUGACGAUCGAUACAUUCCGGGAUUUUCCCAUGGAAGACCAAGAAAUCGAUGGACACAGUGGCAGCAACGAUGAAGGUUUCGACGUUCUUUCGCCAUGGAAGGAACACCAUGCAUUGCUCGUUCUCUCUGCUGUGCCGGAGAUCUCCGAAUUUCGCUACAAGCUCUGUCCGAAGCACAUCAAGGACAAGCGCUUCUGGAGGAUCUAUUUCGCGCUCGUAGAUGGACACCUUGCAAAGUACAAUGCUCCUGCUCAGGAUCCUCCUCGUGUGGAAUCUCAAAGCGAUGGGCAUCACACACCAGACACGCUGGCCUUGGCACCUCCGGCCACUGCACCAAAAGAGCUUGAGACGCCAGGAAAAUCCAUUGUGGAUGAUGAAGAUCUCGACAAUUAUUUGCUGGGUGCCCUUGACGGCGACGACGACGAACAUUCAGACGGGGAUGAUGGAAGCCUCGACGCUGAAUUCGAGCAACUUGUCAAAGAUACGGCAAUGGAUAGCGAUACUGAAAAGCUGUGAUCGUGGAUAACUCCGAACAGUGUGAGUGUGUGCGUGCGUGUAUAUGAGUGUGCGCAUAUAGAUAUAUAGACAUAUAUACAUGCAUCAUGUCAGGGGGCAUCUCGUUUCUUGCAUCUUGCUCCGACGCGUAGCGUGACUCGAACGCAAGAGGACAUAUUCUCUCCCCAGAGUGUGCACAGCAGCAGCGCAGCAGCAACAAGGUCCAGGGAUUUGGAACGAUGUUUUUUAUUCUCAUGCGCAACGAUUUGCAAAAGCUGCCACGAAUGUUUAAAGGUUUUUUGUUUUCGUGUAAGUCCAUGGAACCAUUAACAAAGAUGGAUUAGAAAACUUAAAA